UUGCAACCUCCGGAAAAAAACUCAGUUUUGAUUUUUAUUUUUAAAAAACUAUAAUGUAAAAUUCAAGCUCUUGAACCGAAGUCUAAAUUUUUUGCGAUCAAGUUUUAAAAUCUCGAUUAAAUGCAACAGUAUAUACAGUGUGGGUUGGGUCAAUUUAAAUAAUUUUUUAGCCGAACCCUGAGAUCAGCCCCUCCGCGUAGCCCUCAUCAUAAAUUUGGAUACUUGCCGCAAUAGAUUUUUGACUAUGAAAUCAUUUUACUUUAUGUGGAAGCACUCCAUGUUCUCAUGCCCGGUUCCUUUCUAUAUAGUCUUUAUCUUCUGCACUUUACCUGUUUGUUAAAAUGUCUCUGACAAGCGGUACGCCAAUGAUCUUAUUGAUGUGUCAGUGUUCAUACACAUUUAGGUUGAUGGAGCUCAUUCAGCGUGCGGGAAUUUCGUCACAUCCGAAAUUUCUUGAAGAACAUGAGAAGAAAAAUUUGCACACGGCUAGUUAAACUGUAACGAGCAGCGAUGUGGAUGAAAGCUUACUUUGUACUUGGAAUGCUUUCCCGGUUUGAACCCAAGUUGUGGGUGCCAAUGAAUGCAACAGGGAGGAGGUUCACUGAAAGAUUGCCUGUAACAUUCUAUUCAACUGAGAAAGCGCUUAAUGAAUGCAGUGAUGGUGUUAAGGUAAUUGGCAAGGCAGCAUUGGCAAAGAAUUUGGCGAACUUGUUGGAGGAGUCCACAAGUUAUUCGCCUCAUGAAGCAGUGGAGGAUGGUUAUGUCGGUGAAGAGACUGGAAAAAAGUCCCUGGCUAAGAAUUUGGCAUCUUUGGUUCAAGAAUCCUGUAAUGUUCAUGAACAAAAAUCCACACCAAGAACCCAGAUGGAGGUCAAGCGGUUGCUCGAGGUGCGUAUAAAGAAGAAGGUGAAAGAACAAUUCAGGGAUGGGAAAUUCCAGGACCUCAUGAUGAAAGUGAUUGCCGAUCGAAACACUCUAAGGGAUGCAUAUGAUUGUAUAAGGGCAAACUCCAACGUUGAUUUGGCAUCGGAUGCUGAUAACUUGUCUUUUGAGUCCAUGGCAGAAGAGUUGGCUAAUGGAAACUUUGAUGUUGGGUCUAAUACGUACUCUAUAUCGACUAGAGGAACAAAGGUAAAGAAAGAGGAACUGGUUUUCCCGAAACUGAAACUAAGGGUUGUUCAAGAAGCCAUUCGAAUAGUCUUGGAAGUUGUUUACCGGCCUCACUUCUCCAAGAUUUCUCAUGGUUCUAGAAGUGGUAGGGGUCAUUGGUCUGCUUUAAAAUAUAUCCGCAAAGAGAUAGCUGAUCCUGACUGGUGGUUCACACUUCUUAUUAACAAAAACCUUGAUGAUUGCAUCCUUGGCAAACUCCUGUCAUCAAUGGAGGACAAGAUAGAAGACCCUGGUUUAUUUCGCAUCAUCAGAAAUAUGUUUGAGGCCAGCGUACUGAAUAUGGAGUUUGGGGAAUUUCCCAAAGGACACGGUCUUCCACAAGAAGGGGUGUUGUCGCCUAUACUGAUGAAUAUAUAUCUUGAUCUCUUUGACCACGAGAUAUACAGGAUGUCGAUGCAAUAUGAAACCUCCAAGUCUUGUAAUGCUGAAGAGCAUACUUCAAACUCAAAGCUGCGUAGCUGGUUUAGGAGACAGAUAAAUAGCAAUGAUGUGCAGCAGUUCAAUGUUGGGAAGAACUCAGGUCUGAGAAUACAUUGUUGUCGUUUCAUGGAUGAGAUCUUUUUUGCCAUUUCAGGUCCCAAAGAAGUCGCUCUAGCUUUUAAGUCUGACAUUGAGAGGUAUUUAAAGAAUUCUCUCUACUUGGAUGUUGAUAGUCAAGGUGAUAUUUUGGCAUGCAGUGAUGCUCGUGGUGUUCAAUUUCUUGGUAUUUUGAUUAAAAGGCGUCUGAAAGAAAAUGCCGCUGUACGAGCUGUUCACAAGUUGAAGGACAAAGUCAAGGCAUUUGCUGAACAGAAACAAGAGUCCUGGGAUGCAGGGGCGGCCAGAAUUGGGAAGAAAUGGCUGGCUCAUGGGCUGAAGAAAGUUAAAGAGUCAGAGAUCAAGCAUUUAGCUGACAGCAGCUCUGUUUUGCAUCAAGUUUCCUGCUACCGUAAAUCUGGGAUGGAAACUGACCAUUGGUACAAAGUAUUGCUCAAAAUAUGGAUGCAAGAUGUGAAUGCUAAAAGUGCAGAGAGUGAAGAAAUCAUAUUAGCUAAACAUAUUAUAGAACCAGCUCUUCCGCAAGAACUAAGAGAUUCUUACUAUGAAUUUCAAAAACGAGCCAAAGAAUACAUAUCUUCAGAGACAGCUUCGACACUUGCUCUUUUACCAGGCACUAGUCCUUCAACUGAUUCUGGUUAUAUUACAGAAAUGAUUGCCCCAGCAAACAUCAUAAUGAAGCGUCUUCAUCGAUAUGGAUUGACAAAUAUGGAUGGAUAUGCUCGCACGUGUUAUGUGCUGAUCUUACUGGAUGACAAUCAAAUCAUUGAUUGGUUUACCGGGAUAGUUCACCGAUGGCUGAAAUGGUACAGUGAGUGCGACAACUUUAGUCAAGUGAAGCACAUAAUUUCCAAUCAAGUAAGGAUGUCAUGCAUCAGAACACUGGCGGCAAAGUACAGGAUUCACGAGGCUGAGAUAGAGAAGAAAUUUGAUCCCGAGCUGAGCAGAAUCCUCUCAACUCAAGAGAUUGAGCUUGAGGAAGCAAACACAGAACUGAUUCCCCAAGAAUCUGCAUUUGAUGGCGCCUUAAUGUACGGAAUAAAUUACAGUGGUUUAUGUUUACUAUCGUUGGCUAGAAUGGUGAGUCAGUCGCGACCCUGCAAUUGUUUUGUCAUCGGGUGCUCAGCUUCGGUCUCAUGUGUUUAUACACUUCAUGUAAUGGAAAGACAAAGGUUUCCAGCUUGGAAGACAGGAUUUUCGAGCUCUAUACAUCCCAGCUUACAUAGGAGGAGAAUAGGAUUGUGUAAACAGCAUCUAAAGGACUUGUUUCUUGGUAACAUAUCUCUGCAAUCAAUAGAUUUUGGUGCUUGGAGAUGAUUUAUGAUCUUCUCAGGAGUUUGGUUUUCAUUACCUGCAUGCU